AUGGGGAUCAGGUCAGGUAGAGAAAUGUCUCGUGCUGCGGUUUCUCCCCCUCCAGCUGCUCCCCAGCAGCCCAAGCCCAAGUACUUCAUCGAGAUGGGCAAGAUCCGCGUGAGUGGGCGGGUGGAUGGGGGUCCGCAUGUGUGGGGGUGUCAGGUGUCAGGGAUCCACACUGCUCUGACUCAUUAUAAGACAAUCCUUUACAUCGACCGCACGGACGUCAGCAACACCUAUGCCAAGCUCCCAAACGGAAGGACGGCUUAUGCGGAAGAGUACAGCUUUGAAACGGGGUCGGUCAGGGCUUUGGACGUCAAGUCAAACGUCUUCUGCUCUGCAGGAGCCAUCGACCCAUACGGUCGGCUGUUCAGCAUCGGCGGCACAUCAGACGCCAAUGCCACCAACCUGGCCGACCCUCUCCUUGACGGAGCUGCCUCCAUCCGCUCCUUCUCGCCCUGCCCCCCUGCCACUAGUGGCGCUGGUACCCCUGCUGCUGCCGCUACUGCCAAUAGCAGCAGCAGCAGCGGCGGCAGCAGCAGCAACAACGGCAACACCAGCAGCGGCGGCGGCGGCGGCAACAGCAGCAGCAGCAGCAGCAGCAGCAGCAGUGGGGGGUGUGAUUUCUCCCUGGUGGGUCAAAUGACCUCCAAGCGGUGGUACCCCACGGCCCAGCUCUUACCAGACGGGCGUCCAACCCUCCCAUUCCCCUGCUCCGCGGUCCACAACCCUCCAGGCAACUACAAGCUCCGCUUUCUGGAAGAGACGCUUCCCUACAACCUCUACCCCUUCGUGCAUCUGCUGCCUUCUGGUCAUCUGUUUAUAUUCGCGGGGCAGCGGGCGAUCCUGCUUAACUACACAACCAACACAGUGUACCGCACUCUUCCUCCUCCUCUCGACGUAUCCCGCUUCGGCCCUGCCAACACCAACAUCUUUCGCUCCUACCCUGUCACCGGAUCUUCCGCCAUGCUACAACUCUCCUCAGCUGACGGGUACACGCCCAGGAUUCUCAUAUGCGGGGGCAGCAGCAGCAGUGCUGACCUCACUAACCGGGACAACCGCACAGGGGCGUGCCUUGGGUGUGCGACCCCUGCCACAGCCACGUGUGGGCUCAUUGCUCCCAUGGAUGCCAACCCCACGUGGACCUACGAGAUCAUGCCUGUGGCACGUGUCAUGCCAGAUGCCGUGCUCCUAUUGGACGGCACGGUCCUGAUCUGCAACGGAGGCAGGAGAGGAUUCCAGGGGCUGAAGCAGUCAUAUGCUGGAGGGGACGUGAGGACUCCAGUCAUCUACACUCCCUCUAACCCUCCUGGCAAGCGCUUCUGGCAGGUGCCAGAGUCAAGCCGCUAUGCCCGCAUGUACCAUUCUUCCGCACUGCUUCUCUGGGAUGGCUCGGUUUUAAUUUCCGGGUCUAAUCCCAACGAUCGCCUCACCACCAGGGGAACUUACCCUACUCAAUUUGCUGUUGACCGGUUCGCCCCGCCGUAUCUGCAAUGGGGGGUACCCAGAAACGUGCUGUGGAAGGUACCUGCUACCAUUGCUUUAAAUUCCCUCUUCUCAGUCCGGCUCAACACGACUGACUCUGCUGUUCUUCCAGCGGCAGCAGCUAUGGCGUCUCUAGGCGCAUGCGGGAUCCGAUUCGCGCGGCGCUUUGUGGUUUUCACGCUUGUUCUGGCGUCGCUCGCUUGUAUCGGUCAAGCCAGCGAGAAUCUGGUCAUUGUCAGGGCAGAUCGUAAGAUCGACCUUCAGACCCAUCUUGUCCGCAACUCCGCGACCCUCAAGGUCGAGAACGCAGGGUCAACGCCUGUCUCCUCGGUCACCCUCGCCCUGCUCGUCCCGCCGCCCGGCCGCCUCGCGUUCGCCACAGCCGUGCUUCUCCAGGGCAAGGCCAAGAGCCGCACCUUCCAGGAACUUCCCCUCACUUCCACCACCCCGGAAUCCGCGGUCGAAAACGCGGUUUACUUCAAAGCGCAGCUGCCCGCGCCGCUAGAGCCCGGGAAAACCGCUCAGAUCGAGUGCUACUUUGUGGUGAUUAACGCUCUCACGCCCCACCCGGCGGAAAUCACUCAGGCAGACCCGCAGCUGGUUCUUUUCCAGGACUCGCACUACUUCACCUCUCCGUACCCCGUCCGAUCGCAGAGCACCGUUCUCCGCCUCCCCAGCCACCAGAUCGAGUCGUUCACGCCGCUGGAACCUUCCAAGAAGGCGGACUCGGAGAUUAAGCUGGGGCCGUAUGAGGGGGUGGAGGCUGGGGCUGUGUCGGCGCUUUUGGUGCAUUAUGAGAACAACCGGCCUUUCCCGCUGUUUGAGCGCGCGGAGAGGGAGUACGAGAUUUCGCACUGGGGGAAUGUGUAUGUGACGGAGGACUACCAUCUCGUGCACUCGGGCGCCAAGCACACCGGCAUGUUCUCCCGUCUGGACUACCAGCACCGCCCCAUGGCGAUCGGCGUCUCGUCUCUGCGCGGACUCAUGGCAGUACUGCCGGAGAGGGCUAACACGGUGUAUUACAGGGAUGAGAUUGGGAAUAUCUCUACCUCGCACCUCCGAUACCCGCCCCGAAAGGCCGAGCUGGAGAUCGAGCCUCGUUACCCGCUCCUGGGAGGCUGGUCCGUGACGUUCCGAGUGGGGUACAGCGUGCCUCUGGGCGACCUGGUGUCCAUCAGCACUGACGGCACCCGCAUGCUCAACGCCACCCUCGGCAGCCCCUUUGCUGACGUGCCCGUCAAGCAUCUGACUGUCAAGGUGGUUCUCCCGGAGGGAUCAUAUGGCAUUUCUGCGGAUGUGCCCUUCCCCGUGGGCAAGAGCACUGAGACCAAGUACUCAUACCUGGACACUGUGGGGCGCCCUGUGGUGGUGCUGGAUAAGAGGGAUGUGGUGCCAGAGCAGGGGAUCAUGCACUUCCAGGUGAAGUACAAGUUCUCAAAGGUCGCUCUCCUCACGGAGCCGCUCCUCCUCAUCCUCUUCUUCUUCCUCCUCUUCCUCCUCUUCAUCGCAUACACCCACUCCGAUCUCACCAUCUCCAAGACCGCCCCCGCCUACCUCGCCAAGCUUCACCACGAGGAGUUUCUCGAUCUCAUCCAACGGCUCUCGCGCCUCGUGGCCGAUCGUGCGGCCCAGAUCGAGUCUCUGGACGCGGGGUUGGUGAAGCUGGGGAGGAGCGGGGAUGUGGCAGGGGCGAAGUCGAGCAGGAGGGCUGUUGAGACUGAGUUGAAGGAGAGUGGGAGGGAGAUUGCUGCUGUGGUGGGGAAGAUUGAGGCUCUUCCCAAGGUUCCUGCGGGUCCCCUGCGCACUGUGCAAGCCUUGGUGGUGAAGGAGAAGGAACGUGCGGACAGGGCCGUGGCGAAGCACACGGUUGCCGUGGAGGCUUACGAGAAGAAGACUCCUGCCAAGGAGAUUGACGCUAAGAUUGGCCCGAUGCAGCAGCGCUUGGCCGCUCUGAAAGCAGAGAUCAAGGAAUUGGUGAUGGCUCUGGAGGAGUGA